UGCACAACUUAGAUUUUCCUUGCGUCGUACGCGGUGCGCUAUAUGGACGAUAGUCUCGAAAGACCAACUGCUCUGUCUCAGUCAGCAGACUUGCUGGAGCAGGAGGACGAGCAGUCCUCCGGAGACGAGGAUCAGGGUCCUGACUGGACGAAAAUCCUGUCACUGUCAGUCUCCCGACCAGUCAUCCCCAAACGCGGCGAGAAAGAUUUCGAGCCCAGUGCGGCUGGUGGAUCGGGUCUUCAGCGGCAUGUCUUAGACCGUGCGCGAAAUGCCAUGUUCGAUGCUCUUUCGGCACCGCGUUCGAUAUCAAGCAAGUCUAUCAGCUAUGCCGUGUGGUAUCCUGAUAUUGCUCGAGCACAUGUCACGUUGAACCGAGGCAUUCACUUCGCUAGCAUGGGCCACUCAGUGGCCAGAACAUCGCCUGGCGAAGAUGUAAACAAGAAAGUGCAGAAAAGGCUUGAGAUGCUACCAGAAGAAGCGAUAUAUCUGGUUGAACGUGGAGCAAUGCUCUGCUGGAAAGCAUCCGAACUGCCUCUUGCCUCUACACCGGGCUUGGAAGACGUUGAAGGCAUCCCGAUGACUGUAGAGCAAGCCUUUGCUGAGAUGAUUGGCAAGGAAGGACUCACACUGGAGGAAUACCAAGUAUUUGCUUACUUGAAACGUCUUGGUUAUGUGGUGACUCGUGCAAAACCUCCAAAUGCUGAUUAUCCAGUACCACCACCAUUCGACAUGCGAACAAACCGGUCCCGGUCUAUCUUUGCCGUGAUAUAUGGUCUUUUCUCGUUCGCUUGGCAACGAUUCUCGCGAGUCUUCAUGCACCGCGGCAAGUGGUGGAGACCGCUCCUUUUCAGCCGAUGGUUCCAUCAUAACAUGGACGCUGCUUCCACUCUCAAAUCAUCGAGGUUCCUUUCAAAAGGCCAUGAGGCAUCCUUGCAUAUCAGAUCUGCUACGGAGAAUGUUCCUUCCCCGUAUGAAAUCUUUUUCAAUCUAUAUAAGCCAUCUACUCCGUUCAAGAAGACCGCACCGCCUCAGCCAGACUUCUCCGUAGUUGUGGUGAACGCGCGCACGACGCCGAUGCCGUCGUUAACUGAACUGACAGAUCUGUUCGGCGUUCUGCCCGAGUUACCGCCUCCACUGCCUCGCAAGCGCAUGUCGUUCGCUCAGCAGAAGAUCGCGGCGGCUUCUGCCACAGCCUCAUCCACAUCGCCCCCAACACCUGUUCUAGAAUCCUCAUUGAUACAACGAAUAUCAUCUUGGUUUUCCUCCUCUCAGGCAGCCUCACCGCCUCGCAAGCCGAACCCGUUCUUAGCGCUGAAGACUGGCAGCAAAUUGGUAGUCAUCGCCGUGGUCGAUGCGGGGACGAUCAGCUUUUUCCGUUUCGGGCAAGGCGUAUUUGCACAUUGGCCAAUGCUAUGAACUUGUUCGCACAUAUCUGGUUGUCUAUUGACUAUUGCAGAUAUGAGUAGUCUCGGUGUCUUCCAUUAACACUUGUACUGGGGGGGAGGGUGAAGUAAUCGACGACUCAUCUACUUCUCAGCGUUCGGAGUUGUUGCAACGCCAAUUUCCAGUAAG